CAAUGCUGCUCGUAUUCAAGGUCGCACAGCGCUGCUCUUUCUUUUUAGUUAUCAGGGAACGCAGCCCCAGACCAUCAAUCCUCAGAGCAUUUCCAAAAUCCCUUUGUUCCUCAGUCUUGUUAGCGUAGCCGCCCUUUGAGAGCUCUGGUAGCCGCAAUGGAAGUAAUUCAGGAUGCUGCACAUAAUGUUGCCCAAGUAGAUGCGUUUCAGGGUGCUUUGGCAGUAGCCCUAUUCGGCGUCGUUUUCCAUCUUUGUAUUCUUCCCAUCGAGUUCGAGCUCAUCAUGGUCCAUUUCAUAGCAGCCUCUAUGGUCACCUUUUUCGGCAUGAUAUAUGUGUUCGGAAUAUUGAAGGCUCUGCUGUUCACCGCAAGCUUCAACACUGCAUUGCUAACCACCAUCACGAUCUAUCGAUUAGUGUUCCACCGGUGCCGAAAAUUCCCUGGGCCAGUUGCUGCUAAAGUGUCAAAGUUCCACGCAGCAUGGCUCGCGGCAAAGAACGUCCAGUAUUACAAGGAUCUGGAGAAGAUGCACAAGCAAUAUGGUGACUUUGUGCGCACUGGGCCGCGAGAGAUUAGUGUUCUACGCAGCUCAGCAGUUCCGAUCCUGUAUGGACCCGGUUCGGAGUGCCUGAAGUCAACAUGGUAUGGCCAAACUGGAAAUGAUCACCGAAAAUGUUCGAUCCAUAUGACACGCGACUUCAAUGCCCAUCGUCUUCGCCGUCGUGCAUGGGACCGUGGCUUCUCUAUCAAAGCACUGAACACAUACGAGCCACGUAUCAAAGCCAAGGCAGACUUAUUCAAGAGCCAGCUAGCCAACAAAGGAGAGGCAUCCAUGGAUGCCUCAGCCUGGUCAAUGUUCUUCAGUUUCGAUGUUAUGGGCGAUGUUGGCUUUGGAAAAGACUUCAACAACCUCAAAAGUGGUGUCGAACAUGUUGCCAUCAGAGGCGUACAUGAACACAUGACCAUGUUGGGGAUAAUGAGCCCCGUACCGUGGUUGUUGUAUAUCUUGAGUUCAAUACCUGGAGCGACGGCGGGUUAUAUCGAUUUCUUCUCCUUUUGUGCAGGUCAAAUUAGGGAAAAAAAUCAGACUUGGGAUAGCGAAAAGUACCCGCAAGAUGUGGUAUCUUGGUUGCUGAAAGCCAUCAGGGAAAAGGAUGCUACAGCGCCCCAAAGCGCAGCCGCACUCGAGGAUGAUUCAAGAGUGAUGAUCAUUGCCGGCAGUGAGACGACUGCCACCACACUUGCAGGAGCUCUCUUCUUCCUCGCCAAGUAUCCCGAGAAACAGAAAAAACUUCAACAACUCCUUGACCAGACAAUGCCAAGCGGAUACAACGAGUGGUCAUAUGAAAAAGUAAAAUCGGUUUCCUAUAUCGACGACUUCAUCAGUGAGACACUGCGACUUCGACCUGCGUUGUUGACUGGCGGAGCGCGAGAAACACCGGCAAAGGGCAUUAUGGUAGACAGUACAUUUAUUCCUGGCAAGACAAACGUUGUCAUACCAAUAUCGCUUAUUCAAAGGGAUCCCAGAUGGUGGCAGCAGGCCGAAGACUUUAUUCCCGAGCGGUUCGGCGAAAAGAGGGCGGAGAUGGAAACUGACAAAGCACCAUACCUACCUUUUUCUUUGGGUGCGUACAGCUGCCCCGGAAGGAACCUGGCUCAGAUGAGCUUGCGCAUCUCGCUUUCCAUGGUUGCGCAGAAUUUCGACGUGUCGUUUGCACUCGGCGAGACAGGAGAAGCUUUCGAAAAUGAGAUGUUGGAUACGUUUACUGUAACACUGCCACCCCUUCAAUUACGGUUCACUCCGCGGAAGAAGGCUUGAAUAUGCGGGGAGUGCAUAUAGGUUCCGAACAUUUCUUGCGGACGUACUCAGCUUAGGGGAUAUUAACGUGAUUAGACGGUUGAGUCGAGUGAAAAUUCCUGCUAAUUGAAGCAAUUCAUGUGCAUCUUGUGAUUGCUCUGCAGAUGAGUACAGGGAGCACGAGAGCUCAAGAGGCGGUCAGAGGUGACUACGGGCUCCGAGGAGUUUCUGGAUUUAACUUUUGAGCGGUUGCGACAAACAGAUGCCGACAAGGCCACUGUAUAUGUAUGUACACAUGUACAUGUGGGGAUGCUUCAUUAGCUUGUACAAUUAUUCAACAUGUGUUUUCAAGAGCAAAUUUCAUGCUGGGCUGCAGUGUAAUGAGUGGCCAUGAUCAGAUGUGCAUCGGUGCGUACUG